UGUAUUCUCUAUCCAUUAUUAUAUCACUUUAUAAAGUGAUAAGUUAACCCAAAUAAAAUAAUAAGUUAAUACAAUUAAAAAAAAUAUUUAAUCCAUUUACGCCUCAGACCUAUAUAUACGUAUAUCAUCAAACUUCCUUUCAUUUCUCUACAUCAAACUCAUUCUCUUCUUAUAUUAUAUACUUUACACCAUCAAAGUACCAACAAUAUGAGAACGAUGGCAGACUUGGGAAGAGAAAGAAGCAGCCAUCUACGAGUCAUUAACUCUCCGACCAACGUUGACUGUGCCCGUGAAGUCCGUCUCCGACUAACCCUACGGUCCCUCAUCGAGUGCUUACUCCCAUACUGUUGCACUUACCAAUCUCCUCCCUCCGACCAAGACGACACCGUCUCUUCCUCUUCCUCCGACAAAACCGGUGCAGUUAUUACCGGAACUUUCUUCGGCCACCGUCAUGGCCACGUCAGCUUUUGCCUCCAAGACGACACUCAUCCGUUCUCUCAGCCGCCUCUCCUCCUACUCGAGCUAGCCGUUCCCACGGCGGCUCUAGCUCGUGAGAUGGAGGAGGGCUUUCUCCGAAUCGCUCUCCGGAGCAAAAGCAACCGCCGGUCUGAUAUCUUAGACGUGCCGGUUUGGUCUAUGUACUGCAACGGAAGGAAAGUUGGGUUCGCCGUGAAGAGAGAGAUAACUGAAAACGACGUCAUGUUUCUUCGGAUGAUGAAGUCUGUUUCCGUUGGCGCAGGGGUGGUUCCAAACGGCGAGACGUUGUAUUUGAGGGCGAAGUUUGAGCGAGUCACGGGGUCUAGCGACUCGGAAGCGUUUCAUAUGGUUAACCCAGAGGGUAGCUAUGGACAGGAGCUUAGCAUUUUUCUUUUGAGAUCGUGAUAUACUUGUUAACUUGUGAUUAUGAAAAAAUCUAGUUCUUAUGAUGUGUUUUUUUUUUUUUUGAUGAUGUGUUAUUUAGUGUUCGGUUUUGUGUAUAUUUUACAACUUUGGUUUAGUUACAAAUAGUGUUUACUGUUUACGGAUGUUAUUAUAGUUUAUAUAUUAGGGUGGUAUAUUGUAACAGUGUGUGGAAUAUCCUCAGAUAAUUUUAGAUAAUGGUGGAAUAAGUUUAUAGA